GUCGAGUUUAAGUAUAUGGCGGAUAAGUCGGUUGAUUGUUAAAUUGUUGAUUGUCUUUGAAUAAACGUAUUUUGGUUUUGUGUUUUGAUCGAUUGCAUCGGCAUAGGACGGGGGAGUCGUCCACGCGGGACAUUAUGGCUGGCGGCCUGGGUCCUUUGUGCGGUAUGUGUUGCAGGCCCAUCAACGAUCGAUUCCUUCUAAGGAUAAUGGACGCGUCUUACCACGAACAGUGUGUGCAGUGUUGCGCGUGUGGCGACCGCCUCCACCACACUUGUUUCGUCAGGGACUGCAAACUUUACUGCAGGAUCGACUACGACAGGUUGUUUGUCAAGAAAUGUCUGGGCUGUUCCGAAAGGGUUAGUCCGGAGGAGCUCGUGAUGAGGGCGAGCGACAAUAUUUUUCACCUCAGGUGUUUCGUUUGCGUCGUUUGCGGCAUCCGGUUGCAAAAGGGUGACCUGUACGUCAUCAAGCAGGGCCAGCUAUUCUGUCGCAUCGACUACGAGAAGGAAGUGGAGAUGUUGCAGGGACUGGGGUACGGUGAAUUCAUCUGUGACGAUCUGCUGACGUCCAACAGAUCGCACGACGGACGGCGCGGUCCGAAGAGGCCCAGGACGAUCUUGACGACGCAGCAGAGACGCGCCUUCAAAGCGUCGUUUGAAGUGAGCCCGAAACCGUGCCGUAAAGUUCGCGAAACUCUCGCCAAAGAUACGGGCCUGAGCGUGCGAAUAGUUCAAGUUUGGUUCCAAAACCAGCGUGCCAAAAUGAAGAAAAUGCAAAAGAAAGCGAGACAGGAUAACAAAGCGACCAAGGAUCCGGAAAGUGAUGAAAAGAAAUUGAACGUAAAGGAGGAGGAUCCAAGUCCCAGAUCCACACCGUUCUUCAACGACAGCUGCAGCGACACCGAAACCGUUACGGGAGAAGACGGGAUCAUACAAACCUCCAAUGACCGACACUUCAUCAGCAUCAAAGAGGAGCGGGAGAACGACAACCCUUUUUUCAAAGCCAACAACAACCUACCCCUGCACACAUUCCCAGGUGUUGACAUCACUAAAAGACGAGACGACCAUUUUAUGGGAAUUGCGUUCCCUUCUGCCCUAGACUCGGGCCAGUCGCAGUUCUUUCUGAAUCCCCCAGUGGCCCAUCAGAAUCCCCCGCAAACUGCUCCCGGUUUGAACCCAAUUGACCGGCUUUAUUCGAUGCAAAACUCCUAUUUUUGUGGCGAGGAACAAAUGGAACAAUGAAACCAAAGCUUUGCUUUAACACUCACGCUUCUUUUGGACCCGUUUUGAAGAUUGUAAAUAUGAUGUUCUGUUGGAUAUUUAUUGGAACGAAUUAUCGAUAAGCUUCUUUUAAUUGUGUGUGUUGUAGCACGCGAAAAUUUUACC